AUGAUUACGAUCAAAAUGCGUUAUUUUAUCAUUGCUGCCGCUAUUAUCGCACUGGUCCAAGCGAGACCUGGACUGUUAUUUGCCCAGCCAGCCUUCCAACCUCUUGGAGUGCAAUAUGCAUCAACAGGAUCUGUUGUACAUCCUCAUCCUGCCGUGGAACUCAACGCCGCCAGCGAAGCUUUGCUACCCAGAAGUCUGUUGAAAUCCAGAGACUUUUAUGACAACCCAGCUAUCGCUGCUGGACUCGCUCAGGAAUCAUGGUUCACCAAAAAAGAAAUGCAAGUCGUUGAGCGAGAAGCAGAGAAAAUUCCUCGUCAGAACAUAUACCAUAUUGUGAAAAAUGCCGGCUUUUUGGAUAGGCACUAA